UGAAACAUGGCGUCUGCUGCUGGGUCUAUUUUAGCUAACUGAAUAGCAAGCUAGCUAUAUUCAAAGGCUUUGACGAUAUUACUGUGAAUAGCAGUAGCUACAUUUUCAGUACAAUAAUAUCUUCAUUGCAAUAUAUUUCAAUAUGUCGGACUCAGAAGAGGACAGUCAAGAUAAGCAACUUAAAAUUGUAGUCAUCGGAGACGGCGCAUCAGGGAAGACAUCACUCGCCACCCGGUUUGCGCAAGAGGCCUUUGGGAAACAGUACAAACAGACCAUUGGCCUGGAUUUCUUUCUGAAGAGAAUAACUCUGCCAGGCAACCUGAAUGUUACCCUGCAAGUGUGGGAUAUUGGAGGUCAAACGAUUGGAGGGAAAAUGCUGGAUAAAUAUGUCUAUGGUGCUCAGGGUGUUCUUCUAGUGUACGACAUUACAAACUUCCAGAGCUUUAAGAAUCUGGAGGACUGGUACGGCAUGGUCAAGAAGGCCAAUGAAGAGUGUGACGUACAGCCUGUGGUCUCCCUGGUGGGAAACAAAAUUGACCUUGAGCAUAUGAGGACAGUGAAGGCUGACAAACACCAGCGCUUCUGCCAAGAGAACAGCCUCAUCAGUCAGUUCGUAUCUGCCAAGUCUGGAGACUCAGUGUUCCUGGCAUUUCAGAGAGUGGCUGCAGAGAUUCUGGGGGUGAAGCUCAAUAAAGCAGAGAUGGAGCAGUCCCAGAGGAUCGUGAAAGCUGAGCUGGUGGACUACCCUCAGGACGAAGCCCCCAUUAGACAAGAGACCAAUCAGAGCAAAAUCUGUUCUGUUCAAUAAUUGGAAUGUGUGGUGAAGGCAGAUAUCGUGAACUACAGUCAAGAGCCUGUGGCGAGGACAGUCAACCCCCUGCGCAGCUCCAUUUGUGUGGUGCAGUGACCCCCUCUCCCCCCACCUUCCCUCUUGCCCCUCCACAAGCUGAAUACAGCAGUGAGGGCCUCUGACCAGCAGGCUGCCCCAACACACUGGCCCAUAGCCAGAGCAGGAGAAUUGAGCUGGCCUGUUUCUUUCUGCUGAACACACACACACACUGAUUCCUCCCUUUGCUCUCUCAACGCACAAGUCUUCAGAAAGGCUGUAAUACAGUAUUUCCUUUUUUUAUAGGUUUUUAGGGUCAUCGGACCAAGUGCGGCAUAUUUUAAGAUUUCUAUAUGAGAAUCUCUCUGUAUGUACAGUAUGUAAAUUUACAGCGACCCCACAGUAUAUUCCUGGUUUCAGUAUUUAAUAUAUUUUCUUGAAUUAUUUGUUGAGUAGUAACCAGCUUUGGCUACAGCAGACACCUGCUGAAAGUUAUUAUGAAAGGAAAUGGGACCUCAGCAGUUUAAACACAUUUGUCAGUGUUUAUUUUAUUUUUGAGAAACUGUUACUAUUUUGACUUUUUUUUUUCCACUAUCUUCAUUGUCAAUUAUUCUUUAAAGGACCAUUUGAUUGUAUAUAGAUAUGAUAAGUUGGUUUCUAUAACAGAAAAAUAUACAUAAACCACUGUUUUCCAAAAUGUAUUUUUAAUGAUAGAAUGUGUUUUCCCUCUGCUGUUGUGUAUACAGAUGCCAUAUCUUAAUUUGAUCAUCCUGUUGCAGGAACUUUCCUGCAAACUUGUAGUGUUUUCGACAUUUAAAAAGGCUUCUAAAGCUAGUAUUUUCCACUUUCAGACUUACUUUUCCGUAACGGAAAAUGUAUCAACCCCUACAAAGAAUGUCCAUGAAUUAUAAUCGCAUAACAAUUAACAAUUCCUGUUGCUGCAGGAUUAUUUUCCUGCUGUGUGAAACUGGCGCAAAUUAAGGUCCGAUAUCUGUAUGCUAAAUAUCAGGAUUAGUUUUAUCGCUCUAAGUGGUACUGUCCACACCUCCCACUACCCCCUCUCCCAGAGCUCAAACCACCCAGUUUAUAUUGUCUGUUAUACAACAUGCGAGUCUAAUCAUGGAUGCUGUUUGGUUAAAACCGCAUUCCAGCCGGUGUCUAUUCCACAAGUUACCACCGGGUUUACUCUGUUCCAUCUGACUGCACAAUCCACUUUCUCAUCAGCCUAGCCAAGCAAUUUAUAAACUUGAGCUCCACUAUUAAAAAACAUACAGACAUAAUUUCUUUUAGACUAACAUUUGAUUUUCAACAGCAGAGAUUUGUAUACUGUAAACCUUGCUAUCUGUCUCUCUGACAUUUGCAACAUUGUUUCAAUAUCAAAUUCAAUCUCCAGCUGUCCCAUAAUAGUGAAUGUGUCGGGAUGAGACCGGCAGGCAGUGUUUCUUAGUCAGUCACAGUCAUGAAUCAGCUGGCAUCCUUUUUAUGGAUAUGUACAAAUAAAUGUAAAUUGAAAAAAGUUCAAACAAAACUAAGUGCAGCUAGUUUGCAGUCUUUCCAGCUUCAGUUGGAAGUGAUUGUGUUAGCUGUGUUGUUGGCUAGCUCCUCUGAACAACAGUGUCCUGACGAGUGAGCACAUUUUCUAUGCCAGGCGAAAUCGCACCUCAUUUGCUCCUUGUUAUUGAUGUAUCCAAAUAAAUGUCACUAGAAAACUGCUUAUGCAAUUGCAGCUACUUUACUGUUAUUCUGACUGUAAGUUAGUCAUAGUUGGCUAGCUAGCAAGCAAGGGAUAAGAACGUUGCCAGGCAGUAUGGCAAUGGACCAUUUAGGAACGAACGACUGGGUCGUGCCAAUAGAUACAGAACAAAAACACUGAACGACUGGAUCGCGUCUCUGGCAACUGAACCAAUAGAACGAACAACCAGCCGGCUUGGGUAGUAACCCUAGAUUUAUGUCGGGACUAUAUCAGGUGGAAGGAUUAAAUAGUAUGAAUACAUUUAUGAAAAUAACGUUUUUAAUGAAAAUAUGUAAAUCGUUAUUUGAACAUGUUGGUAACCCGUUGUAUAGACUCGAUAAUGACCUCGAAGCCGGUGUUUGGAGGAUAUAUCGACUUUGUCUCGGGCCUAGCAACACCCGUGUCAAUAUAUCCUCCAAACACUGACUUCUCGGGCAUCAUUACUUAAAUAUACCACGGCUUUCAGCCAAUCAGCAUCCAGGAGCCGAACUACCCAGUUUAUAAUCUUGAUUAGAUCACUCAUUUGUUGAUGAGAAUUUUUCUGCGCCGCAGGAAAUGCAGAUGAGCUUUGUGAUUUACAUAAAUUCACUAAAAACCCACACCAACACACAGUUAUAUUAGCAGUGUUGCAUUUUUCGUGUAGCCUCGUUUUGCCCAACCACCGAUCAAGCAACAUUAUGGACUUUCAAAUCCUGUUGCUGCAGGAUUAUUUUGCUACGACAAUACUGUUCAAAGUAAGAUCCAACAUCUGUAAAAACAAUGUGCUGAAUGUAAAAUGAACCGCUGGCUUUAUUUAGAGUCUGCUCAAGGAAUAUGUCACUAUAAAAUAUAGCUUCUGCAUUCUUAGUGCUCCACACAGUGCCCUUCUAAAUGGAAAGGUUUAGAUGUUUAGGUACUGUGGACAAACUAGUUUUAUUUCACUUGCCAAAUAGCAGCUUGCUUGAACAACUGUGAUUUCCCAUUACUUUCAAGACGUAAUAAUAACAUUAAUAACAGAUGUUAGUUAGAAAAAAUAAACUUUGAUUUAACCUGAUCAAUCAGGAAUUUCAGUUUUUCUGCCACUCUACAUUUGUGAAAUUGACCAAUUACCCAAAAAGUAUAUUUUUUCCUGAUUUAUAUUUUUGUGUUGAUAACAUCUUUAAUUGAAGCAUCAUUCGGUUUCAUGUGAUGCAUAUCAAGACCGUAUUUUUGUGGAAAACCUAUGUAGUGCUAGUUGAAAUAUAUUUGGCAUAGAACAAUUCUUUUGCUAUUUUUAACCUUGACAAUGGAUAAAAAUGUAAAUCUGAACUGGAGCAGCUUAAAGGUAUGAUAAUUCAUCUUAGCUGUAUGUUUAUAGCCUUACUCAACUGUCUGUUGUAGAACAGAAAAGACUGCCAUGAAGAACUGCUUUGACACGUGAAAUGUCUUCAUAGGAUCUUUAUCUUGUCCAAACAAGCUGAAUAACAGCCAACUUACACUCGUAUAGAAAAAUGUUAUAUCUAUAACCUAAAGGGUUCUUUGUCUGUUCCCAUGGGAGAACCGUUUCAAUAAAUAUGUUGGGUUCCAUGUAGAACCCUUUCCACGGUUCCCUCAUGGGGACAGCCAAACCAUUUUUUGGAACCCUUUUUUCUAAGAGUGUAUACAUACAUACAUUAUAGGCAUGUGUUUGUACUCGUCCCUGCUUUGUCUUGUAGUUUGUAUUUGUCAAAAUGUUUUCUUCGACCGCUAUGUGUACUUGCACACAGAGGAUGUCAACAUUUGUAUUUGUAGUACAACACAAAAUACAUGACAGGACAUGGUUGGAUUUUACUCUGUAAACCAUGGUGUUCGCCUUGUGUAAAUUAUAUAUUUGUAAAUCAUC